CUUGAAUCCAAGCCCAAAGCUGCCCGGACUCUGGAAACCAACCUCAGACGUCGGUUUCGAACGAACGACGAAGACUAGGGUUCGCCUUCUUCCGUGGCUCCGAUUCUGCCCUAGUUGCAGGAGAAGAGGAUGAAAGUCAACAUCUUGCGUAUCCUUGUCAAUGUGGCAUGCUGUCGCUUCAUGGACAUGGGAUGCACAAGAUGAAACAUGUGGGAUUUGCAGGAUGGCAUUUGAUGGGUGUUGUCCUGAUUGUAAGCUCCCCGGGGAUGAUUGCCCACUAAUUUGGGGUGCAUGCAACCAUGCUUUCCAUCUUCAUUGCAUCUUAAAAUGGGUAAAUUCACAGACUCCUCAGGCACAUUGCCCCAUGUGUCGCAGGGAGUGGCAAUUCAAAGGAUGAGAUAAAAGUUGAAAUCACUCUUCAAGUGCAGGGGUUGCCAAUGCGGGCUUCUAAUUGUUUGAUUGUAUUCUGGAUUAAGUGUACAACUGUAUAUCUACUGUGUAUUAGUUGAUGUAAACUAAAGUAGCUCCAUACUGGGUGAUCAUAAAAAUAUUUUUUUAACUGGUAAUCGUUUUCAGAGA